GGAGAUUGGUAACUCGCUAGUAUACGGGAAACCACUCAAGCGACACUUCAAUGUUUAUCAACACAACGUGUAGGUAAAUAGUGAAAGUAAGAAAUGUCAAAUAUAUUGCUUUUCGUGUAUGGGACUUUAAAAUCUGGUGAGCCCAAUCAUUAUCUGAUGAAGGACGAGCUUGGAGGGACAUGUGAGCUGUUUAAAUCAGGAAAAGCGGUAACUGUGAUGAAGUAUCCUCUCGUUGUGGCAUCCAGGUUUAAUGCACCGUAUCUUCUUUAUCUACCGGAUCAAGGUCAUCAUGUCGAAGGCGAGCUCUACGAAGUAGACAAAACCAGACUGGAGAUUCUGGACGGUUUGGAAGCUCAUCCGGAGUUUUACGAACGCCAUAAGGUGCACGUGACAUUGGAUGGUACUUCCGGUCCGGAAGUGGAGGCACAGGCGUACUUUCUCGUGAAAUAUCGGUCAUAUAUGCUGGAUUUACCGUUCCUCAAAAGUUACACAAGCAAUGUGGAAGGAAAGAGAUACGUAUCUCCAAAAGACAGGCCAACGGGGACCUUAAAAUACUGGCACGAGGUGCACACAAGCCAUGAAAAACCCGAACAGUGAUUGCGUAGGUUUUUAUGUUGCAGUUGUGUCCGUUUGUUGGUUUCAAUGAUGUUAUCACAUUUUAGUACCUUAUUUUAUCAAAUAUUCUAAUAUCGUGUCAUGUUAUGUUAUUCUUACUUGUAUUUAUACUCAGUAUUUACAAAUACAAAUACAUAGCAUUU